AUGUUGCUCCAGCCUCACAUAGCAAAAAAGGCACAGGUAGAAUUGGACAAGGUGAUUGGGAACAAACGUUUGCCGGCUUUACAAGAUAGGGAUGCACUGCCAUAUAUAGAUUGCAUAAUGAAAGAAUGCUUGCGAUGGAGACCACCAGCUCCUUUAGGUCUGCCUCAUCGUGCAACACAAAGUGGAGAAUUGAAAGGACGACACAUUCCAAAAGGCUCUGUAGUAAUAGCGAACAUUUGGCACAUGACGCAUAGUGAACGCAACUACUCACAUCCGGAUGACUUUGAUCCGGACCGCUUCAUGGGUGUUCAUCCUGAAAUGGAACCAAGUGCUGCUGUGUUUGGUUUUGGAAGACGCAUCUGUCCAGGAAGGGUUUUUGCAGAAGCUAGCCUCUGGCUGGUCAUAGCAAACAUUCUCGCAGUAUUUGAUAUUUCUCCAGCGGCUGAUGACCAAGGAAAUGAGAUACUACCGCAAGUGGAUGUAAUGUGUGAGCAAACCCAUAAAGCCUGA